AUGGAAUUCCUUCGCGAAGCCGAUCACAUACUGGUGUUGAGUGAGGGAAGGGUUGUUGAGUCGGGUGGUUAUGACGAGUUGGCUGAGAGGGGAGUGCUUUCCGACCACGAGUUCAAUGAGUCGGACAAUCAGUCCAUAGGAAGUGGGCAUAAGAUGUCGCGACAGACCUCACGAGUCAGUGAAAGUGAAACAAUAGGAAAGAUGUCGAGAAAGACAUCCAGAGUAAGCGAAAGUGAAUCCACGGGACGAUUGUCUCGACAAAUAUCUAAGAGAGAAGAAGACGACAAAAACCAAACAAAAGAUUCAAAACUAAUAGAAGAGGAGACCCGGGAGUUUGGGUCCAUUAAAUUCAGUGUUUACUUAAUGUAUUGGAAAGAAAUGGGAUUCAUAUUCAUAAUUAUCCCCUUAAUAACGGCAAUUAUAUUCAAUUCGUGUGAAAUCGGUGCCAAUUUCUGGCUGAAUGUGUGGACCUCACAGAAUACAACCCAAACACAGACUUCUGAAACACAUAAUAAUAACUUUUAUUUAGGUAUCUAUUUAUCGCUCAUUAUAUUACAGGCGGUGAUUGUGUUGAUACAGCAGAUGGUGGUGACAACGGGCGCCGCGAAGGCCUCGGAAGUGCUCCACAAAGACAUGUUGUCUUGCAUUCUGCGAACCCCUCUGUCCUUCUUCGAUGUCACGCCUUUGGGACGAAUCAUAAACCGAUUUAAUCGUGACUUUCAGAUGAUUGAUACCACUAUACCCCUACUCAUGAACGAGUCUAUGCUUUGUUUUGUUUAUUUUCUAAUUGUCCUGGGUGUUAUUGUGUCCACGAACGCAUAUAUGCUUAUUUUCAUGCUUAUUGUCUUCAUAUUGUUUUUAAUAAUUUCCAGAAUCUAUUUGUGGACUUCGAGACAAUUAAAUCGCUUAAAAUCGAUCACUAAAUCUCCGAUUUAUAGUCAUUUCAAUGAAAGCAUUUCCGGUGCCGUCUCCAUAAGGGUCUACAAAAUUCAAAACUUAUUUACAGAAAAGUUGCAGAACUUUAUGGAUAUUAACAACAAUAUAGCAAAACAUGUUUACCAAACAUCCAUGUGGUAUGUAGUUAACAGUUAUAUUAUAGUACUGAUUGAUAUUUGGUCCACACUUAUCGGCACAUUAAUUACAAUCCCAACCGCACUGAUAGUGGUCUUAGAGAGGGACAAAAUAACCCCCGGUUUGGCCGGUUUUUUGCUCAUGUAUUCAAUAGACAUUAUUAACAGCCUUUCAUGGACUCUAAAAAUGGGCGGACAACUCGAGACGGAAAUGGUUUGCGUUGAAAGAGUCAAAGAGUAUUCCCAAUUGGAUCCGGAAUAUAGUUGGGAAUCAACGGAUACUAACAAACCCUCUGAUGUCUGGCCCACAAGUGCCUCCAUAGAGUUCAUCGAUUAUAGCGCUUCCUAUAGACCGGGACUCGAACCGGUUCUCAAGAACUUGAACUUCAGGGUAGAGUCGGGAGAAAAGGUGGGAAUAGUCGGCCGGACGGGCGCCGGGAAGUCGUCGAUGACUUUGGCGUUGUUUCGGAUAAUAGAGCCGACAUUCGGACAGAUAGUGAUCGAUGGCGUGGAUGUGACUCGUAUUGGUUUACAUGACUUGCGGUCGAAGUUAACGAUUAUACCACAGGAACCCAAUCUCUUCGCCGGAACUCUUCGACUCAAUUUGGAUCCGUUUGAGGAAUACUCUGACGAAGAAUUGUGGACAUCAUUAGAAAGGGCUCACUUGAAGGACUUCAUAUCUCAUACAUCCGAUGGCCUCUCGUCAAAGACAAUUGGUUUGUCUCUCGCGAGCACUUCUUCGCCACUCAAUUCCAUAGAGUUCAUCGAUUAUAGCGCUUCCUAUAGACCGGGACUCGAACCGGUUCUCAAGAACUUGAACUUCAGGGUAGAGUCGGGAGAAAAGGUGGGAAUAGUCGGCCGGACGGGCGCCGGGAAGUCGUCGAUGACUUUGGCGUUGUUUAGGAUAAUAGAGCCGACAUUCGGACAGAUAGUGAUCGAUGGCGUGGAUGUGACUCGUAUUGGUUUACAUGACUUGCGGUCGAAGUUAACGAUUAUCCCACAGGAACCCAAUCUCUUCGCCGGAACCCUUCGACUCAAUUUGGAUCCGUUUGAGGAAUAUUCUGACGAAGAAUUGUGGACAUCAUUAGAAAGGGCUCACCUGAAGGACUUCAUAUCUCAUACAUCCGAUGGUCUCUCGUAUGAGAUCACAGAAAGUGGUGAUAAUCUGAGUGCAGGUCAAAGACAAUUGGUUUGUCUCUCGCGAGCACUUCUUCGCCACUCAAAGAUCCUGAUCCUCGACGAGGCGACGGCUGCCUGUGAUUUGGANGAAACCGAUUCACUGAUUCAGUCGACUAUUAGGGAUGAGUUCAGUGACUGCACUGUUUUGACAAUCGCUCACCGAUUGAAUACAGUCUUGGAUUACAACAAGAUUUUGGUUUUAGACAACGGAGUCAUCGCUGAAAUGGAUUCACCGAAGAAUUUACUCCAAAGACCUGAUUCUCUGUUCUAUGGUUUGGCCAAAGAAUUCGGAAUUAUUUAGUGCAUCGAUUCAUACAAACAAUUCAUUUCAUGAUUUAUUAUAUUCUGUAUUAUAUUUAUUAU